UUUAUCCGGUUAUUAUUUCCUCCGAGAAGAAGUUGUUCAUUUGUUUCCUGUAAUGGCAACUCUUCUUCUCCAAAUUUCGUCUCAAAUAAUCUACUCUCAAAGUCAAAACCCCAAUUGCAGAACCACUAACAGAAGAUAUUUAUGUGUUCCACUGACCACCACUAAGACACCACCAAUUAACAACCCUCAAAAACUUAUCCCAUUUUGUUCUCCUUCAUCUUCUUCUUCAGCUUCUUUAGUCGAAGAAGAUAAGCCAGAACCUUCCACUGAAGAAUUUGAGAAGCUUCCUUUCAGGGGGUGUAAGGCGUGUGAGAGGGAAGAAGUUGAGAAGGGUUGUAAUGGUGAAGGAAGGGUUCAAGGUGGGAUAGCAACAGUCCCUGGCUUUGGUUGGUGGCCUAUUAAAGCUUACAGGCCCUGCCCUGGAUUUGUUGCAUCUGGUGGAAGAUAUAGACGACGUGGGCAAAGCAUGGAUGAGGUUGCGUGGGGAAGGACAGAAAAGGAAAUUUCCGUCAACACAGACGAUGCUCAAUCAAGCACCAAAAAGAAAAAUCCCAAAAAAUUCAAAGGGUAAGAAUGCAGCACACAAACCUCAUGGCAACGUCUCAAUCCAAACAAAGCACAGGGUAAAUAGCUCACUGUUCGACAACCCUAAAUGAUGCAGCAAUGAGCUCAAGGGUCACAUCCCAUCUCAUUUGAAACAAUACUUCUAUGCAAGCCUUCAUCAGUUCUUUCCUUUUCUUUUCUUGAAAGGUAAAGUUGUUUGUACUUCCUCUUGAAAAUAUUGGGAACAUACAGUUGGGGAAAUUGUAUAAUCUUUGAGCAAAAUUACCGCAGAGGAAAAUAUAUGAUCAGUUUUAUUGUUAUUCUUUCACCAUCCAAACUUGUCAAUUAAGAAGUUGUUUUGCUU